AUGGAAAUCCGCUCCGUUGUGAGGAAAAAGAAUCACUCAAGUAUUGUCGAGUAAUGGUCAUCUACGUUGGCAGUACGCAAGUAAAUUAAAGGGAGGCGCGGUGUUUUCAUCUUGGCCUCGCCUGCCCCGGAAGUGCUCGCUGUUCCGCUGGGCGUGGGUAGACAGCUGAGGCCGGAGGCGGCGAUGGAGUUGUGCGAGAUCUUGUACAACAAGGCGGAAUAUAUUGAGACGGCCUCUGGUAACAAGGUGAGCAGGCAAUCGGUCCUGUGUGGGAGCCAGAACAUAGUAUUAAAUGGAAAGACCAUCGUUAUGAACGACUGCAUUAUCCGUGGAGACCUGGCGAAUGUGAGGGUUGGACGGCAUUGUGUCAUCAAGAGCCGAAGUGUCAUAAGGCCGCCUUUUAAGAAAUUUAGCAAAGGGGUUGCCUUCUUUCCACUGCACAUUGGUGACCAUGUAUUCAUCGAGGAAGACUGUGUGGUAAAUGCAGCCCAGAUUGGAUCUUAUGUUCACAUAGGGAAGAACUGUGUUAUUGGUCGAAGGUGUGUUCUCAAAGAUUGCUGCAAGAUUCUGGAAAACACUGUCCUCCCUCCAGAAACAGUGGUCCCUCCUUUCACUGUCUUCUCUGGCUGCCCAGGCCUUUUUACUGGUGAACUCCCUGAGUGCACACAGGAGCUGAUGACUGACGUUACAAAAAGCUACUACCAGAAGUUCUUGCCACUUUCUCAGAUUUGAGAUGGGCCUUUCCUCCAAAGCACCACGAGAAAAGAACCUGUUUUACUGAGGACCUGAAAGUGAACAACUAAACAAAGUUUAGACGCUGCCUGGAUAUUCCCACUUGAUGAAGUGGGUCAGGCAAAGAGAAAAUUAUGCAUUAUAAGUAGUUGUUUCUUUGGUCUGGAAAAGACUGUCUGCUCCAUCACACUUGAAAUGACAGAGUGUGCAACCUUCAGUACAUAACUUAAUUUUAUUGGCCAUGUUCAGUGCCACAAAAAAAACUGAGUGUAAUAUAUGCUGUAAUUAUUCAUGAAAUUAGUUCUGAGACAUUCAAUCACUAAGCUUCCUGCAUAUUCAAACAAGGUUAAUUGCAUUAAUCGGGUUCUUGUUAGAAAAGACAUUUUGUUGUGGUUGCGUGUAAUUGGUGCUGUUUCUCAGAAAAGUGAUGCUGAGUCUCUUUACUGAUUGUAUGAAAUGGCACCAACCUUUGACUGACAGUAUAACUAUCACCUGUUAAGAUUCAUGCUGUAAAACAGGAUACAGUAAAAGUGGCUGAGGUAACAAGUUGUACUUCUAAUAACUACGUAAUGCAGAACAAAUCUAGCAGUAACCACCAUGAAGUGACAUCACAUAAAUGAAAUGCAAUCAGACAUACUAUAAAUCAUACACCAUCCAGUGAGGCAAGUGGUGAUACUUGGUGCCAAGUGGCCUUUUCAGACAAUUUCUCUUCUCAUCAACAUCCUAGUCAUUUACUUUUUACACAUUUAUUAAUGCUUUUGCCAAUUGAAAUGGAACAUGUGUCAUCUCCGUUAAAUAUCCUAGUUAUUUUGCCCUAAAACAUAUAGUGAAUUUUCUUAAGAAUUAAAAAAAGAUGUAGUCCAUCUUGUUGAUGCAUAACAUGGCAAAAUGUUAGUUUAUGCAGGUGCUGAUCCAAAGAACAUAAUUCACCACAAUUUUCGAAAAAUGUAUGGAAGAAUAAUCUAUAGAUGAAAACCUCCUGUCCUUAAAUGCAAAAAUGUCACAGUAUUUCCUGCAUGUUUGCUGCAUUCCUGACUACCUAUUUAUACUUUUGAUAAUAUUGUUCAGAAAAACUCUUAGUGGUGACAGGUGAAGUUUAUUUUGUCAUUGAGGACCGUUUUCCAAUUUUUGGACAUUUCAUAACUAUUCAUGAUUGAAAAUUUACAGAAGUGCUUCUUGACUGACUUCUUUCAACACUUGUAUGUGGUAUUGAGGAUUUAAGUGUUUAACCAUUUCAUCCUCAAAAUCAGUUUUAUUAUCACUGAUUCGUCAUGAACUGUAUUUGUGGCAACAAUUACAGUGCAAAACAAUUACGAGUUACAAAAAAUAAAUAAAUAGUUAAAAAAAAGAGCCAGAAAUUCUAGGAAUUGUCAUUCCUUUAACAUAUUUUCCCUUAAAUUUCACUUGAGAUUUACAUUGAGCAGCUCUGCCUGUGUUAUUUUGCAGAUGAAUGGCUGAACAACUUGCCAACUGUUUCAAUCUUGGAUCUUAAAGGUGUUUUCUUUAAAACCAGGUGCAUCUAGUCUUUCAUUUGUUUUCUCUACCAACAAAUUGAAAAGAAAAUUUUGACACUUAUGGUAAAAUUGAUAUGUUUGUGAUGUGUCUAAUAUAGUUAUAGUUUUUGGCAGUUUACUUGUGAAAACAUCCACAAAAUAUCAAGAUCAAAAUAUUGCUUGCCUCUAUCCUACAGUAGUAACCUUCCUCCAGUGUAUUUGAUGGAUGAAUAAAAGCAAGCCAGGUAUCAGCUGGGUAUAUUUCUCCUAUUGUACAGUUGCUGUGCCUUUACAGCAAACUUACACUUAUUCCAUAUGCACUCAAGCUUGUCACUCUUCACACAUGAAGAGUAAAAUGACCAAAUAUUAAAGAAAUUAGAAUAUUAAUGGGCACUGCAGGGAUUCGUUUGCCCAUCUGAAUCCUGUCAUUUUUAGCCUCUUUAAGCCUGCGAAUGUAUUUUAACAUUAUCAAUUGACAACGCCAAAAAUUUGUUAGUUGAAGUAAUUUUUGAUGCCUUUUUUCAGUCUGACAGAUCCCUCUGUGGAUUUUGCAUAAACUGCUUUCAUAACAUUAACAAUUGCUACAUUUUACCUUUAUCUUGAAAAUACCUUCUCUCUCCUUACUUUGAGUGACACUAGUUUUCUUCUGAUACUUCUCAUUUGAAAUUCAUUUGGAGCUAAAUAUAUCUGACGUAACGUGAAAGCCGUCAAAUUUUUGAUAUCAGAUGAAAGGAAGCAUACAUUGGAGGGGCUUGUAUGUAUGUGACAGGAUCUAAUUUGCAAAAGGCCAAAAAGUUGGCAAAUGCCAGAAUCUCUUAACUGCAGCCUGAAAAUUGCUAUUGAGCCCACUUUGCCUGUAUCAUCUGUCUAAAAGAUAUAUUUUUUUCUUGUUUACCUGGUUUUCCAUAUGCAGAUAGUACACAUUUAAAAUUGUAUCUGAGAGCCAGGGUGAGAGAGUUCAAAUGCUAGGAUUUCUGGUUCGAUAGCAUUCUCGAACCUUAAUUUCCCAACUUUUCAAAGUUAAUUGGCUUAGAUUGAGAUAACUGCCCAGGCUAUUGAUAGAUUGUCAUAAGAUUUGGUGAUUUCUGCCCCUUUCACUCCUUACUAUCCCUUCCAUACCCAACCAGGCUUUAGAAUUUUGUUCCUCAAAGGGCAGUGGAAGCAGAGCCUUUGAAUGUUUUAAGAUAUGGGUCUUCUGGAUUAGUAAGGGGAUGAAAGGUUACCAUAGGACUAUGGGUUUGCUUUUACAAUCAGAUCAGCAGCCAUAUUCUUGUUCAGAAUCAGGUUUAUUAUCACCAGCAUGUGUUGUGAAAUUUAACUUAGCAGCAACAGUUCAAUGCAAUACAUAAUGUAGAAGUUUUUUUAAAAAAAAGAUAAAAAAUAAGUAAAUCAAGCACAGUAUAUGCAUAUUGAAUAGAUUAAAAAUUGUGCAAAAAUAAAAAUAAUAUGUUAAAA